GGUAGUAUAAUAAAUAUUAUAAUUGAAAAUAGGUUAAUCAUAGAUUUUUAAAAAUAAUUUAAAAUGUUUGUUAGAAAAAUAAAUAUAUUUAAUAUCCAACCUCUGUUCCAAUUUAUGAAAAUUCAAAAUACACAAAUUCAUACGUCGAACAUUAGUAGCGCUUGGCAAAAUGAAGAUAGGUCUACGAAAAAAUGGUUAAAGUAUAACGAAAAAAUGUAUCCACCUCAAAAUGCAACCGAAGAACGAAGACCAGCUUUUAUUUGUCAUCAGAAAACUAAUAUCAAGUACAGCCCUUGGAAAAUGUGGUAUAUAGCGUAUUUUAUUAGGGGAAUGUCAGUUGAUGAAGCUAUUAAACAGUUAAAAUUUGUUGUUAAGAAGGGUGCUGCCGACGUUAGACAAGUUUUAGAAGAAGCAAAAGAAAUGGCAGUUAGAGACCACAAUGUAGAGUUUCCUAGUAACCUUUGGGUCGCUGAAUCAUUUGUUGGAAAAGGUGAAGUGAUCAAGGGUCUCAGACGACAUGCAAGACACAGAGUUGGAAAAGUUGAAUAUUUCCAUUGCCAUUAUUUCGUUAAAUUAGAAGAGGGUAAACCUCCUGAACAUUUCCCGACAAGCCCAAAGAAGCCCCCAGAACAACUCGCAGAUUGGUUAGAACAGAUGAGAAAAAGAAAAAUCAUUAAUUCCCUGUAAUUUAUACUGAUGUAAUUAACAUAAGUAAAUAAAAUAAAUAUUCUAAUUAAAA